UGCCGCAACCGUUUCAUCCCAGGUUGUUUACAAAUCUAUUUCGGGUAGUUCGUUUUGUGCUCCUUCCGUUAAAAUUGUUGGUUGUGGCGUUAAAUUAUCGUUUCUUAAUGCAUUUAACGAAAUUUGGAACGUUUUACCGUAUGUUACCAGGUUUCCAAAAUCAAGUUGUACUUAAAAUGCCACGACAUGCUCAAACGCAACACGGAGACGCGACGGUGGAUGAAGAAAACAUAGUGCUAUUGAAAAACAUACUCUACCAACCUGUUCCCACUACAGAGCCGCUGACUUGCACGUGGUUUUAUAAUGUCGAUCCCAGCGUAGUACCAGUUCGUAGGCACACAACAACGGUUAACAAUCUUGAAUUAAAAGUCGGUCAUCCGGAAAAGAGAAAAGCUGAAGAUGUAGAGCAGACAGAAGCAUUAAAAAAAGCUAGGUUUGAAACGAAGGCCUUAAAAGCAAAGCGCCCAGGAUUCUCCGAUGACAGAUAUGAUGAGACCUCUUACUAUUUUGAAAACGGAUUACGAAAAGUUUAUCCUUACUAUUUCACCUUUACUACCUUUACCAAAGGACGUUGGGUAGGUGAAAAAAUAUUAGAUGUAUUUUCUCGUGAAUUCCGCGCCCAUCCACCCGAGGAAUAUAAGCGUAGCAUAUUGACCGGGUCACUUAAAGUUAAUUAUGAACAUGUACCAGUCGAUUAUGUAUUAAAACAUAACGACUUGCUGUCCAAUACUGUUCACCGACAUGAAGUGCCUGUUACUGAUCAACCUAUUAGCAUAGUGCACAUGGACGAAGAUAUAGUGGUUAUAAACAAACCCGCUUCAAUACCGGUUCAUCCAUGUGGACGAUAUCGCCAUAAUACUGUUGUUUUUAUUUUGGCUAAAGAAUUCAACUUGAAGAACUUGCGCACAAUUCAUCGUUUGGAUCGGCUUACAUCUGGAUUAUUGCUCUUCGGUCGCACACCCAAAAAAGCGCGUUUAUUGGAACAACAGAUUCGAAAUAGGGACGUGGAAAAGGAGUACGUAUGUCGAGUCGAUGGAAAUUUCCCUGACGGUGUCGUCGAAUGUAAGGAACCCAUUGAAGUAGUCAGUUAUAAGAUAGGUGUUUGCAAAGUUUCGUUAAAGGGUAAAGAAUGCUCCACAACAUUUGAAAAAAUUGGUUACAAUGGCACAACAAGUGUACUAUUAUGCAAACCUUUAACUGGGCGAAUGCAUCAAAUACGUGUACAUUUACAAUAUUUAGGAUAUCCCAUUGUAAAUGAUCCGUUAUAUAAUCACGAAGUAUUUGGGCCGCUCAAAGGUCGUGGCGGAGAUAUUGGUGGUAGAACCGAUGAGGAACUGGUAAAAGACUUGAUCCACGUGCAUAAUGCUGAAAAUUGGUUGGGCAUCGAUGGAGAUUUCGGGAGCGAAGGAUUAAAUUUACCAAAACAAGAUUUUAUAGCAAAUGGCUCUACCGUGCCUGAGACUACUACCAAUACAGAUCUGUCAGCUGCUGACGUGAUUAAUACAAAUACUAAUUUGACAGAGCAAAAUAACGAAGGGCAUCCCAAUAAAGUGACAGUUGGAACGCAAACGGGGCAUGAUCCUCCUGAUUUUGCGUAUAAUAAAGCCAAGCUAAGUGUUGAUAAGGAUUGUUAUGAGUGUAAAGUACGCUUCAAAGAUCCCAAACCGAAGGAUUUAAUUAUGUAUUUGCACGCAUGGAAGUAUAGAGGUCCUGGUUGGCAAUAUGAAACACAGCUACCCGACUGGGCAGGCUCAGAUUGGAAGGAAACCACAGAAUAGGAAUUAUUACCAAUUUCAAUUAUUUACAGCUGUGUCAUUCUGGUAUAUAAUGAAUGGAUGAAUAUUAGAAUCAAUUUUAUACAGUUUGUACUGAUAAAGUUAUUUUUAUUGUAGACGUGUAUGUUUGUAAACUAGAAAAUUUCGACUAUUUGUUAAGCAAUUAGGCAUUUAAUUUCUGUUUGAUAUAAAUCAAAGUAUAAUCAUGUGUAAAUAUAGUAAUCAUAAUGGUUACAAAACCUUAUAAACCUUAACAAUGACUUAUAAAUAAUAUAAGUAUUGUUUGACGAUAUAGUUUACAUGUAAAUUUAUCAACGAUUUCUACGCAUACUUUUUUUAGAUCACAUUGACCUCUUAAAAUGCUCAAAAAUUUGAAAAACUAUUUUUAUAGCGUGGAAGAGAGAGAGGGAGACAUAAUAAAUAUUUAUGUGUUUAUGGAUUCAUAUCAAAUUAUACCCCAUUCUUUCUACUAUUAAACUUUUAUUGUAAAACAUAUUCAUAUGCAAAGCCGUUUAAAGUAAACCAACUAUCAAUUUCUCUAAAUAUUAAUCUAAGAUUAAAUUUUUACAUAACAUACAUAAAUUUAGAAAUACAUACUUACAGUUAAUUCACAAAUAAUGAACCCAUACGUAUAUAAAAGUUUCAUUGUUUUUUCCUACUAAAUAAAGUUUUCAUCAUAACCUGUUGAUACACAGUGACUCUUACACUUAAUCGUACACGCAUACUGAGUGUUCAAAUUUAAUCACAUAUAAAAUUUAUAAAUAUUUGCAUCCAAUAUUUUUAUAAAGGGAAAUAAAAGUAAAGAAAUUCUGACAAUUUAUGACGAAACAAUUAAACCAAGGCGUAUCUUUAAAAGUUGGUCGUAUUAAA